AAAUUCCGCGCGAAAAUGAAUCAUGUGAGACUCAUCGCAUUUAUCUGUGAUAAUUUGAAAUACAAUCGUGACCGGAGUGCAUUAUAUUGGCGAACUUCGAAUUUGCAGAGAAGUCACGCGGAAUAAACUGCACGUACGCGCAACGCUGUUUUCGUUGCGUUCGUGACAAACGCGCGCAAUGAACGAGAGGUUGAGCCACGGGUAAGAAUAAUAGUACUAAUAAUAAUAAUAAUAAUAGAAAAGUAAUAAUAAUAGAAAAGAAAAGCAUGCCGGUCGCGGGGACGAGAAGAUUGUAUCGAGUUGGACUUGUCGCGAUCUUGGCCACCGCGCUGUGUGUUCUAACUCUGCUGGAUUCGCCGCCGGCGCGACUCCCGGAUCCGCCGAUCGACCUUCCUCCUACGCCUGGGGGCGAACCACCGGGCACAAGAAGCAUCGUCGCUUAUUCGUGGGCCCGAAGAUUGGCACUCGAUUACAGGCCCACCAAGCAUUGCGACGGUAAUGGAACGAGCGGAAUGGCAUUAAACGCGCACGAGACGCUCGGCACGAAAUGGCUCGAGACAAUCCCGGGACGGCUCUUUCUGUACAGCGCCCAUUUGGACCUCAGAGUCAACGGUUAUCCGAGCAUCAGAGUGAUUGGCGUUAAACGAGAAGCCCUGCCACCUUCCGCGCUCUUCUGCACUAUAUGGUACCAAGAGCAUGAAGGAGGGACACGAUCGUUGAGCGUAGAGGCGCUCGUCUCGACGAUCUGGUUGGACGAAUGGGGUGGUAUUGCGGAUAGUUACACCGGAAUCCUCGUCAAUUGCCAGCUGCCGUUAGACAACUCCGUUCGUCAUUCUUACCGUGUUUACGUAGGUCUGAAUUCUUGCUACGAGAAUGCUAGUCAUAGUUUAACUACUACUCGCACCGAAAUCGACAACAAAACGUAUUCCAUCGCCGGCCGAAAGAAACGUCGGCAGUUCACCUUGUGCAUCAAGGGACUGGAUUUCGACGAGGACAUAUCGCAUAAGCUGAUAGCUUUCGUCGAGCUGCACCGUAUUCUAGGCGCCAAUCUGUUUUAUUUUUACGUUUUCAACGUGCACGAGAACGUGUUGAAAGUGCUACGUCUGUACGAGCGAUCGAACGUCGUGCGAUGGUUCAGGCUCGAUUUGCCGGGAGAUCUGCCAAAUGAGAAGACGGCUCGGAGACGAUUCUUCAAUGAGGAUAUCUGGACGAAGAGGCGAAUGGAACUGAUCCCGUAUAAUCACUGUUUUUAUGAGAAUCUUCAACGAUCGGAAUUCGUGGUACCGAUCGACAUUGACGAGGCGAUCGUGCCGACACGUCGGAAAACCUGGUACGAGCUGCUGCUAGACGAGCGCGCUAAGCUCGGCAGGAGCUUCAAGGACUUCGCCUCUUAUUCCGUGCGAAACGUUUACUUUUUCCCCGAGCUGCAGAACAAAAGCCAAUCCGAUUGGCUCGGAUUGAACAAGGAGAUCGAUCGCUCGGCCGAGUAUCCGGAUUACUUGGACACCACGAGAACGGCCAGUAUUUCGCCCGAGGGCGAUUCCGUUAAGAGCUUUGUCUCCACGAGGCGCGCCCUAACGGUGCACAAUCACUAUGCCCUGACCACGCUGAAUCCGUCUACCAGACGAGCUCAUCAUCUGGAUUCGAACGAUGUGCUUAAGCACCACCAUCGGGCAUGCGACAGCCGACAUCUUGACUGCGAUCUCCUGAUGGAGAACGUUAGGAUCGACGAGUCCGCUCUGCGUUACGCAGACGAGCUGAAGACAAGGAUGCGAAUCAUCUUAGCCGAUCUCAAUGCCCUGCCAUAAACUUUUAGCAAUGUUGUAAAUAACAAAUAAGAUUAUAAUAUGUUUUCAAACGAUA